GGAGAUGCCAUCCAAAUCCAAUCAUCGCCCCCCGCUCCUCCCAAUUCAUGGCGAUGGCCGCCACUGCAUCCGCCAACCGCUUCGUCGCCGCCACCUCCACCGCCGCCCUCCACGGAUUGCGCUCGCGGUCUGCCCCUUCAUGCCACCGAGCUUCCUUCCUCUUCUCAUCCGCGAAGCCGAGGCUCGUCUCCUUCAUCUCCCGGCGGCACUUCCUCGCCCCCUCUGCCCUCCUCAAAUCCGAUUUCCAGGUCAGGGAGGAAGGGAGUCCGGAAACCCUCGACUACCGGGUAUUCUUCCUCGACGGAUCCGGGAAGAAGAUGUCGCCGUGGCACGAUGUGCCCUUGCACUUAGGCGACGGGGUCUACAACUUCAUCGUGGAGAUCCCCAAGGAGACGAGCGCGAAGAUGGAAGUCGCCACCGAUGAAGCGUACACGCCUAUAAAGCAGGACACCAAGAAGGGGAAGCUCCGAUACUACCCAUACAACAUUAACUGGAAUUAUGGACUGCUUCCUCAGACGUGGGAAGACCCAUCUUUUGCUAAUGCAGAAGUUGAAGGGGCAUUUGGGGAUAAUGAUCCAGUUGAUGUUGUAGAAAUAGGUGAAAGGCGUGCUAACAUUGGUGACAUUCUCAAAGUGAAGCCUUUGGCAGCUUUAGCUAUGAUUGAUGAAGGAGAGCUUGACUGGAAGAUUGUUGCAAUUUCAUUGGACGAUCCUCGAGCUUCACUUGUAAAUGAUGCUGAUGAUGUCGAGAAACAUUUUCCAGGGACUCUUACUGCCAUAAGAGACUGGUUCAGAGACUACAAGAUUCCAGAUGGAAAGCCUGCCAAUAAGUUUGGUCUUGGCAAUAAGGCUGCAAACAAGGAUUAUGCAUUGAAGAUCAUUACAGAGACAAAUGAAUCUUGGGCGAAAUUGAUGAAAAGAUCGGCUCCUGCAGGAGAUCUUUCUCUCGUAUGAUUAUGAUGAUAAUUAUAAUAUUUAUUAUUAUUCGAGGUUAGCGCCAAGAAGGCUUAUUGGUGAAGAGUUCAAAUUUGUGCUUAGAAUAUGCAAAACCAAAGAAUAGCAUUUAUCCAAACUACGGUUUUGGAGUGUUUCUUAAGGAAGUAAUUUUGAUUAUUUUAUUUUUUUACUCAUCAAUAUUGAAAUCCAGCUGAAAUAUCUAUUGCAUUUCACGAAUAAAUGUUUCUAUUAUAUAUUA